AUGGUAUGGAGAAUCUUGUCGAAACACCGAAACACAUGUACAGGUCGACCCCCUUCAAUUCUUAUGAUCUUACAAACUUUCCUUCAGAUGGUCUUAGCUUUAGCUUUCCUUCUUGCCGAAUGUCCAGUUUACGUAGCAGGCAACGGUCUCAAGGAAAAGGUAACUUUGCUUGCGGGUAGACGUGGUGUAGUCCCAUUCCAUUUCCCAUGGUCCAAUAAUGAUACAUCCCAGGACAUCCCAUAUUUUCAAGUUCGGUUCGAAUCGCAAAAUCAGCCAUUUUGCGUAAAUGGAAUGCAUGUGAUAGAUGGGUUCAAAAGCUCAACGCAGUCUUCGAGAUAUACGACAUCUGUCACGGGCUUAGACACAGGCUGCGUAAAUCUAUUCAUAGAUGAUGUUGAUACUGUAGACCAGGAUAGAUACAUAUUCGAUGCAAUCUGGCACGAGCUAGGGGACAUAAGACAUGAAGUUAUUAAGAAGGAGGUCACUGUAAAGGUUCCACCUGGAUCAGCAAAAUGUUUCAUUACUUUAAAUGACAACUGCGCUUAUGGAGAAGUACGCUGUCGAGCCACUACUGGAAGUGUAGGAACCUCACUGUCAUGUUACCAGAAUGAUCAAAAGCUUAACAUCCUUGAAGAAGUCUCAGAUAACGGGCAAACGACAAGUGGUACAUUUUGUCUUCUUCAUGACACUACUUUUUCUUGCUGUUCACACGAAGUAGAGUCUGACGCAAUUGCUUCAACGUGCAAUGACUUCCGGUGGCCACGUCGUGUGCCUGGUAAACGUACUACAACACAGAACAUACCUGAAUCCCUUACCGAUACCAGCAGUAGUAGUCCUAUUUACACCAAUCUUGAAACCAGUCAAAAGACCCAACUAGAAUUUGAUAUCGAUUCCGGGGCUGGUAGGCACAAGCCUCCACUUUUCAAAUACUUUUUAUACCCGUUGAUUUACGCCCUUCACUCUGUCUACUAA